CGCGCGAGGGGCUGAGGCGGCGCCGGGGCGGGCGCGGAGCUGGCCGGAGGGCGGCGGAGGCGGUGCCGUAGGGGCCCGCUGAGGCGCGCGGGGCGUUGGGGGCGCCCGGAAGCCUGUCACUUGCGCGGUCCCUCCGGUUCGCUGGGUCCGCACGGGAGGCCCGACGGCGGGAGGCAGCAUGUCGGUAGCGGGGCUGAAGAAGCAGUUCUACAAGGCGAGCCAGCUGGGGAACACCAUCAGUUGUGGGGAGUGCUGGAUGCAGACGCUACACGUGAAGGUGUUACUUCCAUGGCGGUGCUGCUGCUCUUGCUGGGCCUGAAAAGCUGGUCAGUGAGAAGGUCGGAGGGGCUGAAGGGACCAAGCUGGACGAUGACUUCAAAGAGAUGGAGAAGAAGGUGGAUGUUACCAGCAAGGCUGUGACAGAAGUGUUGGCCAGAACCAUCGAGUAUCUUCAGCCCAACCCAGCCUCACGGGCCAAGCUGACGAUGCUCAACACGGUGUCCAAGAUCCGAGGGCAGGUGAAGAACCCUGGCUACCCGCAGUCGGAGGGCCUGCUGGGCGAGUGCAUGAUCCGCCAUGGGAAGGAGCUGGGCGGCGAGUCCAACUUUGGCGACGCCCUGCUGGAUGCUGGGGAGUCCAUGAAGCGCCUGGCUGAGGUGAAGGACUCCCUGGACAUAGAGGUGAAGCAGAACUUCAUCGAUCCCCUCCAGAACCUGUGCGACAAGGACCUGAAGGAGAUCCAGCACCACCUGAAGAAGCUGGAGGGCCGCCGCCUGGACUUUGACUACAAGAAGAAGCGGCAGGGCAAGAUCCCCGAUGAGGAGCUGCGCCAGGCCAUGGAGAAGUUUGAGGAGUCCAAGGAGGUGGCCGAGACCAGCAUGCACAACCUCCUGGAGACUGAUGUGGAGCAGGUGAGCCAGCUCUCUGCCCUGGUGGAUGCCCAACUGGACUACCACCGGCAGGCCGUGCAGAUCCUGGACGAGCUGGCUGACAAGCUCAAGCGAAGGAUGCGGGAAGCCUCUUCACGCCCCAAGCGGGAGUAUAAGCCCAAGCCCCGGGAGCCCUUGGACCUCGGAGAGCCUGAGCAGUCCAACGGGGGCUUCCCCUGCGCCACGGCCCCCAAGAUCACAGCUUCGUCAUCUUUCCGAUCUUCCGACAAGCCCACCCGGACCCCCAGCAGCAGGAGCAUGCCGCCCCUGGACCAGCCGAGCUGCAAGGCCUUGUACGACUUUGAGCCUGAGAAUGACGGGGAGCUGGGCUUCCACGAGGGCGACAUCAUCACGCUGACCAACCAGAUCGACGAGAACUGGUACGAGGGCAUGCUCCACGGCCAGUCCGGCUUCUUCCCCCUCAGCUACGUGGAGGUGCUGGUGCCGCUGCCCCAGUGACGGCGUCUCAGCGGUGUGCCGGCCUGCAGCCCUCCAUCCGGAUCUCUGCAUUCCACGGCCCGCAGCCAGGCAGUGCUCACAGCCUGCGGGGUGGCCCGCCCUGGGCCUGACCCGGCCCCAGGGUGGCGGGGCCCCUGUUUACACUAGCGCUCACCCCUGGUGGUGGGGGCUCCCUUCCCCACUCCACGUGGCCAUCUUGGGGGCUGGACAGUGUUCCUCCUUCCUGCUGCUCACAACUCUGCCCCCCCAGUUCCGCCCACCCCACCCUGGAGGCUCACACUAAGGUGCUCUUAGAAACACUAACUCCUCCUGCCUCUCCAGGGACUGGUAACUCCAGGUGGGCCCCCCUUCUCUCUCUCCUUUCUCUC